UUGCAGGUACCGAAAAUUUUCCAUGUCAACUGGUUCCGUAGAGAUGCCAAUGGAGAUUUUCUCUGGCCUGGAUAUGGUCAAAAUAUUCGAGUAAUCGACUGGAUACUAAGACGUCUGGACGGUGAUGAAUCGAUUGGACAGAAAACAGCCAUUGGUAUUGUACCAAAAGAUGGUUCACUGAAUCUUGAAGGCCUGGAGAACAUAGAUAUGAAGGAGCUGAUGAGCGUCCCAAAGCAGUACUGGCAAGAAGAUGUUGCUGAAGUCCGAAAGUUCAUGGAUGAGCAGGUUGGACCGGAUUUGCCGAAGGAGGUGCGAGCUGAAAUGGAGCGACAGUUCGAGCGAAUAGCUGCCUUGUGA